AUGCAGGAAUUUUUAUAUGAACUUUUAAAAGACGAUGUCAGUAGUGAUGUUUUUAUACUUGGGGAUUUUAACAUUGAUUUGGCUGUAAAAAACCAGGCGUCAUUAUCGUUUUUAAAUCUUAUGGCUCAAUUUAAUUUGCAUCCAAUUAUCAACCAACCGACUAGAAUAACAUCAAGCCAUUCGUCAACGAUCGAUAAUGUUUUUACUAAUUAUGGCAUCGGCGGCUGCCCUAAAGGAAUUCUAUACAGCGAUGUUUCUGACCAUUUACCUAUUUUUCUUUGCAUACCAUUGAAUGCUAAGGCUGUCGGUGGAAAAAACCCUUACAUUAAAACCCGUUUGAUUAAUUCUGAGAACCUAAAAAAAGCAAAUUGUUUAUUACAGAAUAUCCAGUGGAACAUGUCUGAUUACGGAUGGAGGAUAAUUAAUGAAAUUUUGGGGUCAAAAAAAUCAUGCAAUAAAUUGUUCUCAAAUGAUGCCAGUGAAACUGCUAAAUUGAGCACCGUUACAGGGUUGAAUAAAUUUUUUGUUGAGAUAGGUAAAAAUAUCAAUAAAAUUUUAGGCGAUGGUCAGUUGAUUUCAAAUGUCGGUCCAUAUGUGGUUUCUAAUAACCCAAUAUUUAUUCCACGAGACACAACUCCGGAUGAGAUUGUCUCGGUCAUCACAUCGGCCACCAGACAACAUGGUAUGUUGAUGUCAAAAAAAGUUAGAACUUCUACUUACGAUAGAAGUUGGGUUGCUAAGGGAGUUAGACUUUGGAACGUUUUAGCUAUGCAUAACCAAUUGCAACUUACAAUUGAACACUUUAAGCAUUAUGCUAAGAGCGAAGUUAUGUCCAUGUCCGUCGGUGUUUAA